ACCUGCAAUAUCCAGUCUCAUCCUUACGUCUUUCGGAUUGAAGAGUGUCCAGUCUGCCACAUUAUUAGACUUGGAAGAUCCUCCUGUGUUCGUGUGCUUGAGAGCUCUUUGAAUCAAGAGGCUGAACGUUGUUCCCAUAUCCCGCUCUUGUGCCGCUGCACAAGUCAACCUACAGCUUACUUCCCUAGCUCUUGUCUAGCUCUACAAACUGGAGUGGUUUUGGGCUCUUUCGACUUCUGGAAAAGACGGUGGACCUGCACCGUCUAGGGCUGGCGGAAUGUCUGGGGCGUCAUCGACAUCAACCCCACAACUCAGUCCUCAGUUCUGCUUCAAUGAGAGGGUGCUCUUAGAUUUUCUGCGGCUUUCUAGGGCGACCAUUGAUGACUCCAUUUCGCAGAAUCUCAAUGCUCUGGUCACCCCGGCCCGGGAGGGGUUUGAUCCCUCGUCAACUGCAAUCCGUCAAACGGACUCCAGAGCCGGAAGGCCGAUAGAUCCCGAAGCAUGCCGGAACUUCAAAGACAAUGUCCUCCUCCAGUCAUGGCAAACGCGAUCUGAUGUGCUGAACUUUUGCGCUGGGGUGGCGACCAGUCCCGAUCCCGACGAUCCGGAUCUUAUCCUUCGACAGGAAGAGUCGGCAAAGGAACGAGAAAAGAUUGUCGAUGAAAGAUUGGAUCCUUACUCUGCUCGAUAUUUCCCGAAAGAGCUGAGGACAGAGUCGCUUGCGAACUUGGUUCGAAACCAGCGAACAGUGGAAGAGAUCAUACGAGCGCGAACCUGGGGCGUGGUUACUGACAGGUGCAGUGACUCGGCUUCGACCUGGGAGGAGGCUUUGAACAAUUGGCGCCAGAGGAAGCAACGGUGAGGGUUGUGAACGGCGCCAACAGAGGCCGUUAUCCUUACGCCGAAAACAUGAAGGAUACUCCCCCAUUUAUUACUCUGCUGGCAUAGCAGAUGUUGAUAUAAUUCGAGGUGUCAUGUCUCUUGAUGUAUAUUUCUGUAUAUUAUCCUUGCAUAUCUCAGGCGUUUGGUAUCAAGACACAAGCUAUCUCAGCGCUAUUAUCAACUUGUCGAAGAACCAUAAAGCCAGGCAUAUACCCAAAAAGAACAAAGGUACGGUAGCACGACAACGGACUUUAAUAUGUAAGGAUUCCCUGGGCGGCAUAUGCACGCAAGCGACGUCUCGGAUACUCAUGCUGACUGACGCUGGUCAGCCCUCGUUGGUUGAGCGCGAAUGCAGCUGGAGAGGGAGGAUUGUACGGG